AUGGAAGAUUACGAAUUGAUAAAAGAAGUGGGUGAUGGAUCUUUUGGUGUUGUCCUUCAAGCACAACACAAGAGUACAGGCCAGCUGGUGGCCGUUAAAAAGAUGAAAAAGAAGAUUUCAUCUUGGGAAAAAGUAUGCGAGCUACGAGAAUUUAAGACUUUGAGAUGCCUACCAUCGCAUCCUAACGUUAUUGGACUUCUAGAAGCCUUCUUGAUCCCUCAAACACGUGAAUUAUAUUUUGUAUUUGAAUUUAUGCAAGUGAAUCUCUAUCAAAUAAUCAAAGACCGAAAAGGCAAGCUUUUUAGCGAACGGGUUUUUCAAUCAAUCAUGUUUCAAGUUCUGCAAGGAGUCCAUCAUAUCCAUUCGUGUGGACUUUUUCAUCGUGAUCUAAAACCCGAAAAUAUCUUAAUCUCGAUGAUGACAAAAACUUUGCCGUUGCAAAACAAUGACGGUAAUAUUGUUAAUUGUUCAUUGCUACAUGUAGAAGAAGAUCACUUAUUAUGCUAUGACGAUCACCAAAGUCAUUAUCAACAACAUGAAUGUUCAUCAUCAUCUGCUCGAGUUCAGUCAAAUAAAAAUGACAUUGCCAAAAUGAACAAUAAAGAUGAUGACAAUGAUAAUAUUGAAUAUAUCGUGAAAAUUGGAGAUUUCGGUUUGGCCAGGGAAAUAAAAUCAAGGCCACCUUAUACAGACUAUGUCAGUACGCGAUGGUAUCGCGCGCCAGAAGUUCUUUUAAGAUCUACUAGUUAUUCGGCACCGAUAGAUCUAUGGGCAAUCGGUGCAAUUAUGGCUGAAUUGUAUACACUGAAACCGCUUUUCCCUGGCCAAAGCGAGAUUGAUCAAAUGUUCAGAAUAUGUACUGUAUUAGGGCAUCCUAGCAGUACUUGCAUAGAUAAUAUUUCGGGCCAGACUGAUGAUGUAGGAGGCGGUGAAUGGAAGGAAGGUUUAAAAUUGGCAAAGAAUAUAGGAUUUGUUUUUCCAUCGACUCCUUCUCAACCUCUAUCGAAAAUAUUUCCAUCCACUACUCCAGAAUCAUUACUACAAAUGAUCACCAGUUUAUUACGUUAUAACCCAAAAAACAGACUUACUGCACUCGACGCGUUAAAACAUCCUUAUUUUGCAGAGGCUAAUCUAGUAGUAGAUGUUUCGUACCUAGAAGAAAAAUCGAUGAGUAUGACAACAAAAGUAAUCGAAAAGAAACGAAAGAAUGAUUUUUCUACAUUGCGAAAACUGGCACAAGGCGUUACCCCAGUGCCAUAUGACAAAAAAAAUACAAGAUACUCGUGGAGUAAAGCUGAAGAAUUACAAAAGCAAAAGAAAAUAGAACAGCAAAUCGAGACUAUUGCUGUUGAUAGAACAAGUGCUAAUAAUACACUUUCCCCGUUAAAUAUCGAUGCUGCCAAUGAUAUAAGACAAAAAGAAUUUGUUUUACCGACUAUUAAAGCCGUGAGUCCUUUUGGGUCUGAACAACCAAUUAUAGGAGAAAACAGUAGAUAUAUUAGUAGUGCAGACGGAGUUGCUCAUGAGCAAAGACCACGAGACAGAAAAUUGUCUCUGUCUAUUAAUGAUGAUGGUUUGGAACGUUUUCAUGGUUCUAGAUCUGCACCGCCACUUUCUCGAGUGUAUCUUCCCGAAACACCACCGUCACAGGCGUCAAUCAAGAACUCGACAAGUGAGAUUGAACAUUUAAUAGACUUGAUAAAUAAUCCUAAUAAAACAACGGGCACUAAUGUAGUAGUAAUGCCAACACAAAAAUUUGGAUCGAAAAUAGGUCAAAAGCGAAGUCGAUCAAAUACUACUGGUGACAUUGAUCAAAUG